UCUGGUGGAAAAACUCUGUCUCUGGGAAAAACCAACGCCGCUAUAUCCGUUUCGAAUAAUAGUUUUGUUUCUAUUAAUAACGUAUCACCAGUGACACAAUUAAAAAUGAAAUACUUUUGAAAUUACGGUUUACGAAUGAAAUUUGUGUUUAGAUUAUUCCAUAUGUGUUACGAUUUUAGUUUGAAGCAAUCAGGAAAGUUUAAUUGACAGCUAAACAACUGACACAAUGAUAUCAAGUUCAAAACAGUACAUCUGGAGUGAGAAAGAUGUUCUGGGCUCAGGUGCAACCAGUACGGUGUACACAGGUAGAUCAAAGUCCAAAGGAAGCAAGGUUGCGGUGAAAGUAUUCAACAACUCAAGUUUCAUGAGGCCUGGCGAGGUGCAAGACAGAGAGUUUGAGGUUCUCAAGCAACUGAGACACAGAAAUGUUGUUCAACUUCUUGCAAUAGAUGUCGAUGAAAGAAGUCGGCAGCGGGUCAUCGUCAUGGAAUUGUGUAGUAAGGGCAGCUUGUAUACAAUGCUUGACCAACCACAAUCCAUCUUCGGGGUUCCAGAACAAGAGUACAAGAAGAUACUUGCUGAUAUUUGUUGUGGAAUGAAGUAUCUCAAACAAAAAGAAAUAGUACAUCGAGAUCUGAAGCCCGGAAAUAUAAUGGUCUUGGAAGACAAAGAUGGACAAAACGUGUACAAACUUGCAGACUUUGGAGCUGCAAGACAACUCGCAAAUGAUGAGAAUUUUGUUUCUUUGUAUGGAACAGAAGAGUAUCUGCACCCAGACAUGUAUGCCAGAGCUCUGUUGAGAGAGACACCACAGAAUGCAUUCACAUCUAAGGUUGACAUGUGGAGUCUUGGUGUUACAUUGUACCACGUUGCCACUGGACGUCUGCCCUUCAGACCUUAUGGUGGCCGCAGCAACAAGAAGACAAUGCAUUACUUGGCAACAAAAAAAGCAUCAGGGGUCAUAUGUGGAAUCCAAAAAGACUCUGUGGAUGGACCAAUCACAUGGGAGCGAGAGCUGCCCAAGUCCACCCAAAUGUCAAUCAUGUUCAAGAGGAUGCUGACCCCACUGCUGGCCGGUCUUCUUGAGUCUGACCCAAAGAAAAUGAUGUCUGCUGAAAGAUUUUUUGAAAAAGUGGACAGCAUCCUAAAUAUGGAGGUAUUUGAUGUCUUUGAUGUGCAGAAAGCACAGAUGUUGAAAAUAUAUCUUCACAAGGAUAACACAUUUGAACAUUUGAAAGAAAGCAUUCAGCAGUUGUCUGAUAUCGCAGUACCAGACCAAAUGAUACUAUACCAACAACAGAAUUAUAACCCAACAACUCCCUGCAAACAGUUUCCAAAUACAACAGAGAAAGAACCGAUGAUAUUGCUUCAGAAGACCCUGCAAGCUCCGUGGAGUGUCGCCCCUAGUUAUACACCGGACUUUCCAUCACUACCGUCAAAUUCACAUCCAGAUGCAGAUUAUUCAUAUUCAAAGAUGAGUGCUGGUGUGAUGUUUUAUAGGCAGCGAGCACUACAGAGCACGUUAAAUGCCCAGCAUGUGUUUGACAGUGCUGUUUAUUCCUUCAGAGUUGUAAUACGGGAACUCUUGCAAAGAGUUGAGAGAAGGAUGGCUGAUGUCGCAAGGUUUAAGGUGAAAGUAGUGACAAACUUAGAAGGCCUGAAGAACCAUUUGAAUUUUUUACACACACUAGAGGACAUUCUCCAAGUGACAAAAGAAGAGGGGCAGGGAAACAGCAUGGAGAUAUCAGAAAUUGAAGCCCUUGUCAUAGAGAUUCAAGAGGACUAUCAAACACAAACCACAAUCCUACAUGUCUUAGAUCAAGAACUUAAUGAAGACAAGCUUAAUUCCUUCCGCCUGGUAGAAAGUCUGUGUUGCGAUCCAGGACAAAGAUGUACUGAGCGAUUUCAAGUAGCUUUGAAUUUAGUCUUGGAAAGUCUAGAAAUAUUUAAGGCUAACAGACGUUCAAAGCAGCGAGAAAGUGUACAUAUUGUUAAUCUUGAAAAAUUACGAUUGAGAGAUUCCUGUGUAGAAGCUUGGAACCACCAGAGCGGACAUUGUGAAACAAAUUUAAAAAAUAUCCAUACAAAAUUCAAUGAUUGGUACAACAAAAUGUCGAUUCUUGGUAAGAUAGAAAAAAUAGAGGAGAAAGUGGAUUGGUUUAAAAUGAAAUAUGAUGAUUUACAGAAAAAUAUUGAAAAGGUGAUGGAAGAUCUGGAGAAGAAACAAGAUGUUUUAGUUUCAAAUUUUAAAAAUAUGACAGCAAAGGAAUCAAUGAAAAGCAAUUCUUCAGGUGGUUCAUCUGCAAGUCAACUUUCCUUAAUGAGUGAUUUUGAAGUCAUCAGCAGUCUGGUUGCUUCUAUCCCUGAGGAAGAAGUUGACCGACCCAAAGGUGGGCUACCUUUUCUGCAACAAACGAUAACCGGCAUUGGAAGAAAAAUACAAGUAAAGAAGGACAUAAAACAGCAGAUCAUCAAAGGGGAUCCAAAAGAGAAAGAAAAAGAUGAACUUGAUGAAUCAACAAAGUUAAUGGAAAAGUUUGAGCAGGAAUCUGCCUCUUUUUACACCAGGUUAAGUAGCACAUUCUCCUCUAAUGAAUGUCCUAAGCAAUAAAUAUCAGCUUGUGGCUAAGUACUUAAAAUGACCAAUUAUACUAUUGCUAUAGAAUUUCUUUGUACAUGUGUAGUAAUGUAAAGUAAUGUGUAAAUGGAAGUAACAGGAACAGAAGACUUAUUGUUAGCUUCAAAUGUGGACUAGCCUUAUCAGACUAAUCUUAUUGACUAUAAAUACUUUUUAAAAUUAUGAAUAGAUUUUACUACAGAAUAUCUGUAGUGUUAAUGAGGGAGACACAUAGACAGGAGAGUGGGUAAUACAGCAAAUCCAUUCAAACAUAAACUGUUAAGCUUGGCAUAUUUGCAUUAAAUUGAAUAUUUUUCAUUUUUUAGAUCAUUCUAUUUGCCAUAUUGGCAUUAUACUAUAUAUUUGCAUUAUAUUUACAUAUUUGCCAUGUUGGCAUUAUAUUACAUGUCUUAACGGUAUGUAUUAUAUUUUCAAUCGAUGUAUACACUGUAUUGCAUUGUGUA